UUUGAAGUCGAGUUUUCAACAAAAUUGCAACAAUCAAAGCCCAGAAGAUUUCAGCAUCGAUAUCCUCUGAGUGGAGAGCCAAGACGCGAUAGCGACUCGCACAGCCCGAUGUCCGAACCUCGUUCUCCGCUGUUUAGCAGACCAUCCAUGGCGGCAGAUUUACCGGCUCACCUCGCUUCGCUUUACAACUCCCCAUAUGCCGCGGCUGCGGUCGCGGCGGCCGUGGCGGGACAAGGGGCUACGGGAGUUCCACCACCAACAUUUUCACCCUACGGUAGAGCACCAGGAGCAGCAAUGUUUUAUCCAGGAAUGGUGGGCGGAGAAGCCUGGAGAAGAUCGCCGUAUCUAUCACAAUUGGAUUUUUGUUGGCCACAGGGAUUCAGAUCUCUUGAAGCUGUAGUUGGACCACGAACAAAAGCACCAAGAGAAGCGACCAGUAUUUUAAAAUCAUGGUUAAACGAUCACAAAGACAAUCCAUACCCGACAAAAAGUGAAAAAAUGACUUUAUCUAUUGUAACCCACAUGACAUUGACACAGGUUUCGACUUGGUUUGCGAAUGCACGAAGAAGAAUCAAAAAAGAGAACAAAAUGACUUGGACUCCCAAAACUAGAUGUGGAGAUAGAGACGGGAACAGCAGUAAUGAUGAAGAUAAUGAAAAAGAUUACGAUGGACGACCGUCUUCGCCAUUUACUUUGACACCCGGAAUGCACCCAAAUGCUAUUAGAAAGGAAUCCAUAGAAUACGGCAUAACCAAUAGAUGCCACUCCCUGAGCGACGCUGGGUCUUCAUCAUCUCAUUCGAUCAGUCCAAACUCGCAAGCUUUACGAUCCAAUCCAGUUUUCAGAGAUAUUUCCAGAAUGCGAUCUUCAUACUACAAUGCGAAUCCGGCAGCAUCUUUUGAAGAAGCAUUACGACAGCAAAUGCUCUCAAAGCAUCAAAUCAUGCUGACACAAAAUCUAGCUCAACGCGAGCAAGGCAUCGAUCUUGCAAAGUCUACUAAAUCCAAGGAAAUGGAACUUGAAGUCAAUGAGAAACGACCCUCGCCACCAGCUCUGGCGAGAAAAAGGUUUGUGAAACAAGAAGAAUUUGUCCACAGCGAACCAGACGAACCGUUAUCACCGGAUCGCAAACCAUUUGUCAACUUAGAAGGCAUGAAAGACAUUGACAAAUCGAAAAAUCACGAAGAUACACCUCCAUUCGAUAAAGGCGAUCGGGGAUGUGAAAAUAAUGAAAAAACUCCCAACUACAGAGCAGAUAGCAGCAAUGGACCUUCCCACAUGCCCCACAAUACUACGCCGAACAGUAAUGAAGAUAUGAGUCCUAAAGAAGAAAAGAAUUACACUCGACCAUCUUCAAUUGAUAGCGGAUUUGAGAGAAAAACGCCAGAAGCAUCGGCAUCAGAUAGAAUACCGACCGAUUCAACUACACGGGACCCUGUUUCACUUGCAACCAACUUAAUAACAAAAUCCGCCGUGGAUGGAAAACAAGACGCUCUAUCAUGCUGGAUUCGAGAUUUCCAACAACUGGUUGCAUCAGGACAAGAACUGAAAGCAAAACAAGCUUUGGCGACGGCGCUUGCGGUGGCAGCUAAAGCAGGAGCGUACUCCAACACGGGCAGACCACACCGAUUUGCUCCAUACUACCGACCUACACAUUUGCCUCCUCAAGAGAGAUCGCAAAAAGAACUAUUUUAUCCUCGCUGUGUAGGAUUAUCUCCUCAAGUUGAUCGCAGUAGAUUGCAAUACCAAACCCCCGAGAAGCAAUGCGAACAAAGGUCUAUGUCAUCAACUUCAACUGACGACGCAAUAACAUCUUCAGAUUCCAGUCAAAGACGCGGUUCUUCACCGGAGACGCCACCCAUGAGCGCAGUCAGAAUCCGUUCACCUUAUCGAAGCUUGAGCGCUUCUCCAGAUAACAUGCCGAUGAACCUGACUAAAUCGUCGGCACCAAGCAAGGACUGGAAACACGGGCAUAUGUUGGCAACUGACGAUACCCUCAUUGAAGUGUGAUGACAAAUGGCAACAAGAUAACAACUUGAUUCUGAAUUGGAAUAGAGAAAAUCUCCCUAGAAGAUCCGUCAUCGAGUUUAUUAUGAAAAUUCUCAAUUCUUCUCAUCGAGACCUUGUCUUUUUCACGAACUAAAAUUCUCAAAAGUAUGUUCCUCAAACACCGACUAUUUACUGUUGCUAUUAGUUCUUUUAUUGUGUCAUUUUUCGUUUAUUGUUAUUAUAUUUUUUUCCUUCGGCUAUAUUCUUCAAUCAAUAAUAAACGUAAGUCGAAUCACUCCUAUUUUGGAACUAUGCAUUGAGUAAAAUGCUUUUUUAUCGAAUCUUAAUUAAUAAGAGCAACAACAAAAAUUAAAAUUUUUGUAUUUGGUAAUCUAAAAUACAAUAAGAAAUAAUAAUUUUUCAAGUGAAAACGGUUUCUUUUUUCAAUCUUUUGUAUUACUAUACUGCUCCAUUUUCGCAAGCCUGAGCUGCUUGAAAGUUAUUAUGACAUAUUGAUAGUGAUUCGAUAAUUUUUUGUGCAGUUU